GACGCAUGUCAAAUUUUAGUGAAUCGGAACGUACCUUUGGGACUGACUUGGCGAUUCGGAUUUUCUUUCAGUGAUUAUCUCGAUGACUUGUGUAAAUUCAAUGUAAAUUUGAUUUGUUAAAUGACAGUUUAUUAUUUGUGAUUCGCGGACGUGUAUCGAGUAUACUUACAACUGUGCUCAUGUGGCCGCCGGGUAUAAAGGACAUAUUGCAGUGACUGGUUAUAAUUUUCCAAAAACAAAUAACUUAGAACCAUCAAUAUGAUACAAGACGAUGAGUUCGAGGCCCUGGUGACAACCCCAGAGCGUAUAAAGGCUCUGGGGUUCAAGCCACAGAAGGAAAUCUUGACGAAUCACAUCUUACCAUAUGCCGCCGAGUUGGAUGAUGAGGCCUCCAGAUUCCUACAACAAGUGAAGACAAACCUGGCGAAGGCCGUCAUGUUGCGCGAGAUGAAGCCAGCCUGCGGCGUGUGGUCCUCCAGGCUCAUGAAGUACAUUCGGAUUCAUGGCCUGAAGUUCAGCAAAGAAGAUCACAUAAAGCUAAUAAAGCUGGCAUAUGAGCUUGUGCUUAUACCUGACCUUGAACCAUGCAAGAUUCACAAGUUCGCUACCAUGUUCCUGAUGCUCACUAAGAAAAGACAAUUGAUUUCACCUGACGAACUGACGCUGCAUUGGCGUCCGCUCUACGAUAUGGGCAAAAAAAUAUUUGACAAGAGCGCCACUCAUAUUAGAAUGUACCAUUACCUGACGCCAAAGCGCUCUAUGAAACAAGGAGGCGAUAUGCUCGAUAUGAUUCGCAAAUUCCUGUCUGGCGACGGGCUGGGCGAUGCCUUAGAGUUGUUCGGCCUCGCCGGAGCCGACGAGAACGAACUGCCCACUUCCCUCGAAGGAUCAUAUAUUUCGAUGGUUAAAUGCGCAAGACCAUAUUUCCCUUUGACUGCAACAAAAGAAAUCCUAGCGGAGUUGAUGCCCCAAAUAAACCCUUGGUCCACGGACACGCACGUGGUAUGCCAGUUGGCGGUGUUCCUGCCGGUGGCUAUAAACCCGCAGUACGCGCAGUUCGGCCACGAGCUGUGGUUCGACGAGAUCAUGUCGCUCUGGGAUACAUGCUACAACUCACAAUGUGGUAUCUCGGACUUAAUGAUGCUAUUUGCGGGGCUAGCGAAGCGCAACCCUGGUGCCAUAGACUGGCAGCCGUACGUGCCGAAGAUGUUCACGAGGUUCCUACACGCCCUGAACCUCCCCGUUAGCUACAAAGACAUGCAGAUCACACGCUGCCAUUCCUUAGACAUGAAGCAUGUGGCUUCUUGGAUUGUAUGGAGCAUUGCCCCCGACGGCGAGGUACUCAAGCACUUGCGCAGCUUCCUGGCAGGAGUCGAGAGCUAUCUGCACAGCGCCAACUCGGGCCGCUGGUCCUAUAAGCUGAGGGACCUGCUCCGGAAACUGGCCAGAGAGUUCCUAAACAGGGUACGUCGUGAACGUGAACCUAAAUUCAAGGAAAGUUGGGAGAACCAAACUCCAGCUCACUACCGACUGAAGGACGACGACAUCACGGAGUUUGUACAGAUCGUGCUCGAGCCAACUCUGCAGGCAGUGUACAGCCGCAGCGGCUCGCUCGAUAUAUCUAUUGCACUGCACAACUUGGCGACGCUACGCCCCGCAAUAGUAGUUCCACCUCUCCUGGAGCGACUGAAGACCUCCCUGACGUCGCUGACGGAGCCGCACCGAGUGACGGCCGCCAUGUCUGCGGUGGCGGCCGUGGCGCGGCCCAUGCUGCGCGGCGCGGACGCCGGGUACCCGGAGGGGCCCACGCACGUUGUGCCGUUCCUGCUGGCUGUCCUACCCGGCCUCGACCCCAACGACAUUAAAAAGACAUUAGUCACAUUACACUUCAUACUCAUCUUCACAUGGAUGGUGCCUUUCAUAGACUGUAGUACAGCUCACGAGCACUGGUCGGACCUCACCGAGGAAGAACUCCUCACCUGUGAGUCCACUGCUCAACUCGAAGACUUCGUGCUCGUCUUCUUAGACAGAUUAUUUGUGAUCAUCGAGUCUAGUGUACUCGAACAUGUAAGACUGGAUACUAAGGAAUCCGACGCCGUUCGCAGUAAGACUGACGCUGUAAUGGAAACUGCCAUCUCUUCGGCCGCGACCGCUGUGCUCAUGCAGUGCUCGCCGAAGAUAUUUAAGGAAGCAUUAAGAAAAUUCAAGGCUUUUGCCACAGAAACGACAUUUGAAACGAAUGUAUCUGGAAGUAUGGUGGGUGUGAUGUUACAUGUGUUUGCUCGGAUCAACUCGGAGGCCACCCUGGCCGCGUUCCUGCCGGACCUGUGUGAACAACUGGCGGAGUUGUUGGCGACGGACGAGGCGCUGCACGAGGAGAACCCCUCCCGUGACCUGGUCUACAGACUGGUGUUGUUGAUGCAUGUGGUGGAGUGUGACGGAGUCGUGUUGCUCAAAUAUGUGCCCGACAUCCUGCCCAUACUGGACAGGGCUCUGAAGUUACAUUCUAACUACGCUCUGUCUAGGGCGUGUGAGGUGCUGAGCCAUAUGCUCAGUUCGAUGUGCUAUAUUGAUUUGAAAGAGUGGAAGAGUUCGCCGAAGGAUUAUGGCUUGGCUCCUGAGACGUGGCUGCCUAUACGGGAGUGGGGGUACGGGUGUAUGUUGAAGGAUACCAACUUCAAGUGGCACGUGCCGUGCGAGGAGGAGGCGCAGUGCGCGCAGAUGUUGGUGGACCGGUACCUCACGGCCGAGGCGGCCCGCCUGGAGCAGUGGCUCAGCGGGGAGCGGGACAUGUGCCGGGAGAGGCGACUGAGGAGCUUUUACAUUAUCAAUGCACUACUGGCGUGUAGCACUUUCCUACCGCCACCUAAUGAAGAACCUGUUUCCUUUUUGGAAUCCCACGUGCCCGCUACAAACAUUCCAUUUACUAGCGGCGUGCGCUACCAAGUGUUGCUGCACGGGGAGAAUGUCCGCGUGGCUCUGACGCGGCUGCUACUUAAGGUGCAAGCCAAACUGUUGGCCGAAAAGACUGAUGACACCAAGGGCCUUGAGAUGCUGAUACAGGUAUGGGAACGAGUAGUAGUUAUGAAAGGGAUGCGCGGUGGGCCUGGACUGGAGGCUCGACUGAGGUCAUAUGGGGCUUUGGAGCGGGCACUGGACGGGCGCGGCGGAGCCCCGGACAGGAAGGGGAGCCCUCGCGGCGUCGGCAGCGCACGACUGCGCAUGUUGACUGCAGACGCGGCGAGGCUGCAUGAUGACUCGAGAUAUGACCUCGUCUGUGAAGCCGGAAUCACUCCGUCUGCUCUCAGCGCUCUGCAUGCGUUAGCUGAGCUCUCCAUCAAUACCUACAGCUCUGUCCGCAUAUUAGCUCAAAUUCGUUUAUACUGGAUGCUGAGCCAUUACCCGUAUUCGUAUCGGGCGUUGGUGCCAAAGUUGGCGGAAAUAUUGGCCAAAGGUGGUGAGGGUGACGAGUGGCAUGCGCGGCAUAAAGGCGCACUGUUCAUGAUGCUGGGGCCACGCAGUGGGCCGUUGGUGGCCAAGCAGGAUUGGGACGUAGUGCGCACAUUGUGGCCUGCUAUACUUAAUGCGCCGCUUAGCGAGAAACCCAGCAUGGUCCGGCUAGAACAAGCGUUUAGCGACAGUCUACACCGUCACUUCCCGACGGUGAACACUCGCCUUACCUUGAGUACUACAGCGGUAGACGCGGCCGCGGUACUUAUUACUGAGGAGGAACGAUCGGACCCAGACUUCACGAAGAUCUUCAACGAAUCCGUUGCGAGAGAGACUGCCAACUCAGACAAAACUGAGAAAAUAUAUAAUGAACUCAUUGUAGAACUUAUGAGGGUCGUCGAAACUCCUAAUAUUCAAUGGCGUCGCUUGGAGCUAGCGAUGCAGAUGCUGACAUUCUGCCCUUCCAUUCAAACCCCGUACCCUGGCUUUGCAGUCCGUGGUAUGGUACAGGCACUGCUGCACGAUGACAUCGCCGUCAGACGCACUGCGCAACGACUAGUGCACUAUGUGCUGAAACAACGCAAGCACAAAAUUAUUAAGAUAGAAAUGGAUCCGUAUGACAUCGCCGGCGUACCACGCCCUGAGAAACGGACGCCUGGAUACCGAAAGGAUCUAGAAUGGGCAAUAUGGUCAGAUGAGAGGGUAUAUAAAACUGACGAAGAAUGGGAUCAACCCUGGUUGAGGAACUCAAUGUACGGGUUCUACGCCUGGCCUGAGAAGUUAGAGAUUGCAGCACCGGCAAGCGAACAGGUAUACUCCUCGGACCUGGCUCCCGAAGACAUGGAGGAAGGCGAGCGCCACCUGUACGAGUUCUUCAACAACGAGGACAAUGUCAACAAGCUGGUUGCCUUCCUCACUGUCGAGGAGAAAAAGGGCAAGGACAAGUUCAAUGGAGUGCGCUUCUCUCUGUUCAAGACUUUAUUCGCGCAAUUCGGUAACGAUAUAAGCGCUAGGUUCCUGCGUCACGCGGAGCGUUGCGCGGCGGACUCGCAAGAGGCGCCGCAGCGGUACGCGGCAGAGGUCACCGCCGCCGCACUGCGCGCGCCGCGCUACUGGCCCCGGGAGAGGGCCAUGGAGAUGUAUGCUGCCGCCGUCAAUAUACUGCAGAUAGGUUUGACAUCAGUAACCCCCGAGACUCUGGAGGACUGGGGCACCUGCGUCGCCACUGGGGUGGAGAAGUUAGACCCGACCCGCGGCCGUCAAGUCAUAGAAGGACUGGUCCAGAUCUGCGCGCCUCGCUCGCGCACGCGCGACAACGAACCAGACGUCGAUACUUCGUUCAGUAUCUGUGCGCGACUUUAUGCCCUACAGGGUGCACUCGGCUCCCUACGUUGGAGGGCGGCACCACUGGCUGCCGAACUGUUGAAGCGGCUGGAAGACGCCAACUUUACACAGCAUCCCUAUCAAAACGUACGGGAAACAGUCGGCAGUUUGUUGAUGACGAUCUUCGACACGGAGUUGGUGUUCCCCGGCGGGCACAAUGGCGACGCGCCCCGUCUGGCUGACUUCUUGGCGUCUGUACAACCACGGCUCGCCGCGCUCUAUGAUGAGAACGGUGACAUAGUGAUAAAGACGGCGGCCUCAGCGGCGAUGCAGUGCAGCCCGCGGGCGGCGGAGGCGGGGUGCGCGGGGGCGCUGCACCCGGUCCCCGCGCCCCCCGUGGGGGACGUCGCGCUGCAUGUCGCCCGCCUCGCGCAGGAACACCACCCGCCCACAGACGACACCGCACAGGCGACAGAGACAGGAGAAUCUUCGGACACAGAGGGCGAGUCCCAAGUGCCGCGUGUGGAGCGCCAGCUAGUGUCCCGGCUGGACACGGCGCUGCGUCUCACUGGGGACGUCGCCGCGCCCGCGCCGCAGGACCAUGCACGGGCAUUGAACCUGCUCACUACUGUGCUCCGCGGGUGCAUGGGCGUGGUGGUCCGCGGCGUGGCGGGGCGCAUCGAGUCGCAGUACGCGGUGGUGGGCACGGCGUGCGCGCUGGCGGGGCGCGGGCCGCCGCAGCCGCACGACGAGCUGCCGCGCGCCGCCGCCGCGCUGCUCGCCUCGCUCGCGCUCGCGCACCACUCCAGCCACGCCUUCGACGCCGCGCUGCGACAUCUCGAGACUCUCGCCAGCAGUCGCUCAUGGUCGGCUCGCCUGGCGUGCCUGGACUUUGCUCAGCCACUACUGUUCUACGGACUACCGAUGUUAUGUGACCGCGCCGACCGCGCUAUCGCUACCGAGCGCUUCGCACUCAAACUGAUGAGAGAUCCCAGACUGGAGGUACGACAGUCUGCAGCGAAGCUGCUGACAGGGCUAAUGCACUGCCGCGCGCUACCGGACGAAAGUGUGACAAUGCAGGGACUCAUGCGGAGCUGUCGGUCCAAGCAACUGGUGGAGCGGCACUGCGGCGUGCUGGGGCUGUGCGGGUACCUGGCGUCGCGGCCGUACAGCCUGGGCGCGCGGCUCGGCGACGUGCUGGCCGAGCUGGCGCGCCACACCAGCGCGCCCGACCCCAUCCCCGCCACCAUCCGCGACGCGCUCGCAGACUUCCGCCGCACGCACCAGGACGACUGGCCCAAACACCGCGAACAGCUCACCGAGGAGGAACUCGACCUCCUCGCCGACCUCACGUCGCCCCCCUCUUACUGCGCUUGAGUCAACUAUUGCUACAUAGUUUUAUCUCUUUUUAUGAUAAGGUAUUUAAUAGGGAUGCAUCCGAUAACGACAUAUCGGCGAUAUAAAGUACGUUUGCGAUAUAUCGGAAUCGGCGAUAUUAAUUUUGCUGAUAUACCCUUUGACAUACUUUUAACUUUUCGCUGUAGUUACUCGAGAGAAAGCGGCUUUUACUGCGCUUAGUUAAUUCUUCUUGUAAACCAAAUUUGUCUAUGCUAAAAGCAUCAAGUAAUUUCCUUCCUUUGACUUGCGCUAUAUAAAUCACUAUAUUGUGGCGUGAAUUUAUUUAUUUGACUUGACUGUACGUCCUUUUUUGGAAAAUAUAAUUGUCCUAAUCAGUAUUGACGAACCUUCACAAAUAUCUUUGUCGUAUCGGCUUAAGUGCUCAUCAAUGCAUCCCUAGUAUUUAAUUGUGAUAUUCAACAAUAGCUUUAUGUAUGACACAAAUUUUUGUUGCAUAAUUACUCCAAAGUGUUAUUGUUUCGUAAAACUCAAGUGGAAGUAGCUAAUAUAGACGCCGUGUGAUAUAAUUACUGAGACUGUGUUCUAUCAGUGCAGUGAUUUCAUAGGCCUAAUAUGUAGUGAAGUAGUGAUUGCAUCUCCUGCAUAUAUACACAUAUGUAACCUACCUUUUUACUAAUACUAGGUAUUCACGUAGAAUCUGUAACGGUGGUGGCUCCAUCUCAUAUCAUGUUCUGUGCCCACAGUAGACGCCGGUGACGGAUUUAGAUAGUAAGAUGGUCAGUGAGUAAUUUUGUAUAAUUUGAUAGAUAUAAUUUGAAGAGCUAUUUUGAUAUUUUUGUUUUAUAGUUAUAUUAUUAUAAUGUAUAAUUUGGUUUGUUGGUUUGGAAAGAAGAAUUAAAUCUAGAAACAAUUUUAAUUUAUUAUGAUGGGUAUAUAUUUUACGUCAUUUUGUAUAACAAUGUGCAAUGUGCCAUUGUUGUUAAGACAUUUCGUUCCAUAAUAGAUCUGUUUACAUGGGUUAGGUAUUUGUAAAUACGUGUAUAAAUAUUACAUAAUAUUUCUUUUUUAGGAUAUUGUAUUAAAUACUACAUUAAUAAAUAA